AUGAUAUACAACAACCAACUUGAUACCCCACCGGUACUUCCAAGUCCAGAUUACGACUAUAGAAUGGAUUACUUUCACUAUAAACCGGUGAAUGGAAAUGUAGCAGAAGAAAAUACUAAGGCGGAUAGCGCGGAUUGCGACUUUAAGCCUAAAUUAUCAGUCGAUGUGAAUACGUUUCGUGGCAACCAACAAUUUAUAUCACCAAUUGAACUUGGAGAGUUCAGGGAAUUCACCCCAGAUACUAAUGCAUACAACUUUUUACUUGUGGAUGACAACUUCAUUAAUUUGAAAAUAUUAGAAAGAAUCCUCCUUAAAUUAUUCCCUAAUUGUGCAAUUGUGAAGACUCAAGAUUCAACAAAGAUAAUGGCGUUGCUACACUCCAAGGUAUUCGAUGUAGCGUUUAUCGACAUAGAGAUGCCGGUAGUUACAGGCAUAGAGUUAGCAAAAAUGAUUAGGAUGGAAGACACUUUGAACCUGGUCGGAAUCAUUGCCGUUACCACUAAAAGCUUACCAAGUGACAGAAUAAUUUAUGAGAAUGCUGGAAUUGAUCAUACUUUCGCAAAGCCAUUGAACUAUUCAUUUGAUCACAUUAUUUCUUGUAUUGACAAGGUCAUAAAGUCGAGACAAUAA